AUGCAUUUCGAAGAUGUCAAAGCCAUGGAGAGGCAUUUUUAUACGAGCCAUCAAGAGCUUUUUUCAAAUCCAGCACUCGCGUCUCCUCAACAACAAAGCAGCAGUACUCGUCAAAAGGGAGCACGCAAUUUCGAUGUGACAAACGCGCUUUACCUAUUACAGCGUUCGAUAUUGCAACAAAAAUGGAAACUAUCACUUGAAGACCAUCAUAUUUCUUCGUGUUGGAAAUACGUUGUAAGGAUCCGGACUAUUGCCAUUGUUGCAUUUGUUUACGAGAAAGUUCUACGGCAGACCACUUUGUACUCAAUAUUGUAG